UAUGAUCACAACACAAUUCAUUAGUAUUAAACUUGCCAGCAAUUUGAAUAUCUUUUACCAUCAUUUUUUUUUUUUUUUAAUUUGUGACAGAAAAUAUUUUUUAAAGAAAUUAAUCUUUGCAGUCCUUAGCCCGAAGUACGCAUUUUCUCUCCGGUUUUUUGUUGCUCCCUCCCUCUUUCAUUUUAAUAGCGCCGCAGACUCCGCCCCACGAGGGUUGAAAGGCUAGCGGACCACAGAGACGCAAAGGCCGGCCCACUCAGCGAAGAAAAAAAAAGUCAGCUCUGACUGCCGCUCCGCUGCAAUUUCCUAUCUGCCUAUUCAGACAACACCACCGGCAGCCUGGUGUGUGUGUGUGUGUGUGCGUGAGCGAGCGCGAGCGCGAAGCAGAGAGAGAGAGAGCGAGAGAGAGAGAGAGAGAGAGAGAGAGAGAGAGAGAGAGGGAGAGAGACAGACAGAGACAGGGAGAGGGAGAGAGAGAGAGAGACCAAGAGACCGACAGCAAGAGCGAGCAAGCGAGCAAGCAAGCAGGCAAGGGGGAGGCUCUGUAUUCUGUCACCUACCCACCCUCCCCCCCCACACCCACUCGACCUCCCCCCCCCCACCAAACCACAAGAGGGAGGGGCCUAACCCCAGCUGCCAAUCAAAUUCACUCGUGGCAGCCGGCAUCUUUUGCUACAAACUAUUGACAGAUUACAUGUCAAGGAGUUUAGUGCAUUAUUGAAGGAAGGUUUUUUUUUUGGUUUUUUCUGUUGGUUAACGUCGUUACUGUUGUCGGCUUUUAGUUGUUUUAAAUUCCGUUCUUUAGUUUUCCGCUCCUCUCAUUACUUCUAAUGAUUUUUAAAAGAGUUGAGCUGUAUUAUGAAAGUUACAUGUCUGAGAGGAUUUAACUUCGAAUUCCCUGAAUAUGCUGAAAGGACUUUAUGCACUGAAAAGACCUCAGGAAAAUCCAAGAUGGCCGCGAAAAGGAAAGGUGGCCUAAAGCUGAACGCUAUCUGUGCCAAGCUGAGCCGGCAGGUGGUGUACGACGGCAGUUCCCAGCAUGCCGAGGGGGACCAGAGCGUGGCGGACAACAGCGAGAAGGGGAGCUCGCACUACGAGGAGGCCGACCGGCCGGAGGCCGACUUCCCCGAGGGGCUGGGCCUGGGGCCGAGCCCGGAGGAGGACCAGAGGCGGCGCGAGGCCAUCGAGAAGUGGGUGAACGGCGAGUACGCGGACGAGCUGUCGCCGGGCGGCGGCGGCGGCGGCGAGCCGCGGGAGCACAGGCCCCUCCCCCGGGAGGAGGCCCCGCCCGAGGGCGUGUACAUGGUGCAGCCCACGGGCUGCAGCGAGGAGGAGGACAACGCCGACGAGCCCGGGACCGUGUCCGGGUCCCGGGCCAGCAGUUACCGCGACGACAGGGACUCGGAGGACGCCCCCCACAAGGAGGACAGCUACACCCCUCCCAGCGAGCCUCCCGUCCGCCCGGCCCCCUUCACUCCGCCAGGGUCAUGGAAACUUCCAGCGCUCCAGGACCCUCACAGAAACCCGAGAUCAUGUGAGGCCUCAGUGCUGCGGGACUACGCCGCCAGCACCAUGAACGAGUUCCUGGGCAUGUUCGGGUACGACGACCAGCAGGUGCGGGACGAGCUGGCCAAGAAGAUCAGCUUCGAGAAGCUGAAAGCUGCUACCUCAGACGGCUCGUCGCUGAGCAGCGAGGAGGCCAGCCGGCGCGCCCGCUUCUCCAAGUACGAGGAGUACAUCCGCAAGCUGAAGGCGGGCGAGACUCUGCCCUGGCCCGCGCUCGCCGCCAAGCCCGACGACCUCGCCCCCAAGAUGGCCGCCGAGAAGCAGGGCGCCCUGAUGCAGGCGGCCGGCUGCCUCCCCGGCAACGAGGCCCAGAUGUACCCGGGCCCCGGGGACCACAAGCAAGGGGGGGGCCCCCUGAGCGGGCCGCCGCCCCCCAACUCCGCCGCCGCCGCCGCCGCUGCCGGCGCCGGCCCCUCGCAGAUGCAGAGCCUGGCCUCCCGCACCUCCAAGUACGACUUCUUCAUCCAGAAGCUGAAGAUGGGGGAGAGCCUGCGGCAGCAGAACGGCGGGGCCUACAAGCGGCCGUCCAAGUACGACCUGGAGAACGUCAAGUUCCUGCACCUGUUCAAGCCGGGAGAGGGCAGCCCGGACAUGGGGGGCGCCAUCGCCUUCAAGACCGGCAAGGUGGGCCGCCCGUCCAAGUACGACGUGCGGAACAUCCAGAAGCUGAUGCCGGGGAAGGCGGAGCCGGGCCUGGUGCCCAACAUCCUGUCCGCCCCCCCGCCGGGGAAUUCGGGAGCGCCCGCGGCCCUCGCCACCUCCGCCGGCUCCGCCUCCGCCUCCGCCUCCGCCGCCGCCGCUGCCGCCGCCGCCGGACCGCCCGGCAUCCCAGGGGACCAGGCGGGGCCCCUGGGCUUCAGCGCCUCCGACUACAUGAAGUCCAGCUUCUCCAAGACCGACUCCAUCACCACGGGAACCGUGUCCUCUGUGAAGAACGGACUCCCGCCCGAGAAACCCGUCACCGAGGACGUCAACCUGUACCAGAAAUAUAUCGCCAGGUUUUCGGGGAGCCAGCACUGUGGACACGUGCAUUGCGCCUACCAAUACAGAGAGCAUUACCACUGCAUGGACCCUGAGUGUAACUAUCAGAGGUUCACCAGUAAGCAGGACGUGAUCCGCCACUACAACAUGCACAAGAAGCGCGACAACUCCCUGCAACACGGCUUCAUGCGCUUCAGCCCCCUGGACGACUGCAGUGUGUACUACCACGGCUGCCACCUGAACGGGAAGAGCACGCACUACCACUGCAUGCAGGUGGGGUGCAACAAGGUGUACACCAGCACGUCCGACGUCAUGACGCACGAGAACUUCCACAAGAAGAACGCGCAGCUGAUCAACGACGGCUUCCAGAGGUUCCGGGCCACGGAGGACUGCGGCACCGUGGAGUGCCAGUUCUACGGCCAGAAGACCACCCACUUCCACUGCAGGCGCCCCGGGUGCACCUUCACCUUCAAGAACAAGUGCGACAUCGAGAAGCACAAGAGCUAUCACAUCAAAGACGACGCCUACGCCAAGGACGGCUUCAAGAAGUUCUACAAGUACGAGGAGUGCAAGUACGAGGGCUGCGUCUACAGCAAGGCCACCAACCACUUCCACUGCAUCCGCCCGGGCUGCGGCUUCACCUUCACCUCCACCAGCCAGAUGACCUCGCACAAGCGCAAGCACGAGCGCCGCCACAUCCGCUCGUCCGGCGUGCUGGGCCUGGCCUCCUCCUUCCUCAUGCCCAAGGAGGAGCUGGAGGAGUCCAGCAACGACGACCUGAUGGACUUCUCCGCCAUCAGCAGCAAGAACAGCAGCCUGAGCGCCUCGCCCACCACCCAGCAGUCCUCCUCCGGGCCGCACCUCCUGCCCACGCCCACCACCGCCGUCUCCUCCGGCCACACCAUCAAGCCCACCUCCUCGCUCACGGCCGGCGGGCGCAUGUCCGGCCUGCUCUCCCAGGCGCUGCCCAGCAACAUGCCCGUGGCCCUGGCGCUGUCCAACUCCGCCAUGUCCGGCUCCAACCCCUUCUUCCCGCUCCUGCCCCGCCUGCCCCUCCAGCUGCCCCCCUCGGCCGCCAGCCUCAUCUCGGCCGCCGCCGCCGCCUCGGGCGCCCACUCCAUGCCCACCGACUCCCUCUCCCAGUGCUCCUCGGCCACCGGGGAGGCGGCGGCCUCCACCCCCACCUCCUUCGCCGCCUCCUCCAUCAUGGAGAAGAUCUCCGCCAGCAAGGGCCUGAUAUCGCCCAUGAUGGCUCGGCUGGCAGCCGCUGCCCUCAAGCCCUCGGGCGGCCUGGACGCAGGGAACGGGCACCAUGCCCCGGCGGGCCGGUUUAAUCUGGUUCAGGUGAAGCAGGAGCCGGUGGACGCUACCUCCGGGGCCUCCCAGGACUCUGUGCAGGAGCACAGCCUGGACCUGAGCAAGAAGGACCACAGUAAUGAAUCAAACGGACAUCCUGUACCGGGAAAUACAUCUCUUUUAUCCUCGCUUAUGAAUAAGAUGUCGCAGGUGAACCCUGGGUUCUUCAGCUCGAUGAACCUGAAGGCGGAGCUGGAGGGCGGCCACGGCGUGGACAACUCCGAGGCCGCGCAGUACCUGAGCCGGGCGAUGAAGAGGCCCGUCCAGGACAAACCCGUGGAGCUCUGGAGGACAUACCUGCGCAGGUUCGGCACGGAUGACUUCUGCGAAGCCCACUGCGACUUCCUGCAGAAGGUGCACUUCCACUGCCUGGUGGAGGACUGCGGAGCCCUCUUCAGCACUGUGGACGGGGCGGUCAAGCACGCCAACUUCCACUUCCGAGCGACCCUGAAGGUGAAGUCGGAGCCGCCCUUCAACGACUCCAAGGAGCCCAGCGAGGGCGCCAACUCCCAGCCCUCCGCGCCCGUCUCCAUGGUGACCGCGCCGGCCAUGGAGGUGCCCACCAUCACGACGGCGGGCGGCUUCGGCUCCUCCCCCUCCAUGCUGGCCUGGAAGCAGCUGGCCGGCUCCAUCCCGCAGCUGCCCGCCUCCAUGCCCAACCUGCCCGCCACCUCGCCCCUGGCCACCACCUCCCUGGAGAACGCCAAGCCGCAGGUCAAGCCCGGCUUCCUGCAGUUCCAGGACAACGACCCCUGCCUGGCUACGGACUGCAAGUACUCCAACAAGUUUCACUUCCACUGCCUCUUCGGCAACUGCAAGUACGUGUGCAAGACGUCCGGGAAGGCCGAGUCCCACUGCCUGGACCACAUCAACCCCAACAACAACCUGGUCAACGUGCGGGACCAGUUCUCCUACUACUCUCUCCAGUGUCUCUGUCCUAACCAGCAUUGCGAGUUUCGGAUGAGGGGCCACUACCACUGUCUGAGGCCCGGCUGCUACUUCGUCACCAACAUCACCACCAAGCUGCCCUGGCACGUCAAGAAGCACGAGAAGGCCGAGCGGCGGGCAGCCAACGGGUUCAAGUACUUCACCAAGAGGGAGGAGUGCGGCCGGCUGGGUUGCAAGUAUAACCAGGUGAACAGUCACUUCCACUGCAUCCGGGAGGGCUGCCAGUUCUCCUUCCUGCUCAAGCACCAGAUGACGUCCCACGCCCGCAAGCACAUGAGAAGGAUGCUGGGAAAGAACUUUGACAGGGUUCCGUCCCAGAUGAUGUCCCACGCUCACCGGUCGGACGACAUGCACCACAUGGCCGGCAUGUCGGGCGGCUCGCUGGGCGGCCACUCGGGCCUCCACCCCGGCUACUCCAACGUGAUGGACGAGACGGACGACUACAUGGACUACGUGGGCGGCGGCAGCCCCCUGGGCCUUUCCUCCGAGUCCUCCAACCCCGACCGCAGCUGCACCAGCACCCCCGUGGAGAACGAGAGCUCCCCGGCAGGAUCAGGCUGCCAGGUCACUGUUCCUGCCUCCGCAGCCCCCGCUGACACUGCUGCUACCCACAAUGCACCUCCACCUCCUCCGCCCCAGCCUCAGCCUCCAUCUUUCUCUCCGGCUCUCCUCCGGCCUCCUCUCCCCUCGCUGCCAUACCUCCUCUCUCCAUCCUGUCUCUCAUACUCUCUGCUCAGCGCCUCUCUUGGAGCCACACGGGGCGUUGUCAUGCCAACCAGCACGCAGGCUUUCAGUCCGAUUGUUGCUGCCCCGUCGCCGGUUAAAAAUGACGUCCCCAUAGUGCAGGACGCAGCAGGCAACACCAUCUCCAUCCCCACGGCGACGGGGGCCAAGAAGCGCUUCUGGAUCAUCGAGGACAUGUCGCCCUUCGGCAAGCGGCGCAAGACGGCGUCGUCGCGCAAGAUGCUGGACGAGGGCAUGAUGCUGGAGGGCUUCCGGCGCUACGACCUGUACGAGGACUGCCGCGACGCCGGCUGCCAGUUCUCGCUGAAGGUGACGCACUACCACUGCACGCGGGAGAACUGCGGCUACCGCUUCUGCGGGCGCACGCACAUGUACAAGCACGCGCAGCACCACGACCGCGUGGACAACCUGGUGCUGGACGACUUCAAGCGCUUCAAGUCCUCGCUCAGCUGCAGCUUCGCCGACUGCCAGUUCUCGGGCAACAGCACGCACUUCCACUGCCUCCGCUGCGGCUUCCGCUGCACCGACAGCACCAAGGUGACGGCGCACCGCAAGCACCACGGCAAGCAGGACGUGAUCAGCGCCGCCGGCUUCUGCCAGUUCAGCUCCAGCGUCGACUGCGAGGUGGCCGACUGCAAGUACAAGCUCAAGUGCUCGCACUUCCACUGCACCUACCCGGAGUGCAAGCACACGGUGGUGGGCAUGUCCCAGAUGGACUCCCACAAGCGCAAGCACGAGAAGCAGGAGCGCGGGGAGCUGCCUUCCGUCUCGCCCAAUCGGGAGGCCCACCUCAUGGGCGGGGCGCCCGCGUCCUCCUCUUCCUCUUCCUCCGCCGCCGCCGCCGCCUCCUCCGCGGGUCUUCCCGCCACCCCGCCCGCCGCCGCCGCCCAGGGGUUCUCCUCCGUCAACAGCAGCCCCAUGUUCCUGCCGUCGGCCAGGGGCGGCUGCCCGGGGUACGAGCACCCCGCCUCUUCCAUCAACCUGGACGGGUCGCUCACCCUGGGCACCGACGCCAGCAGCUCGCUGUUCUUCCUGAAGAACCCGACGGGCCUGGGGCUGAACGACUCGCUGGACCUGAGCAAGAAGACGCCGCGGGACGUCCUGGCCGGGGACGGGCCGGGAGCCGGCCCCGCCCCGCAGCUGGCCGCCCCGGGCGCCCAGGACGACACCACCGGCACGUCCGGCGACGCCGAGGACGACCUCUCCCCCGAGGAGGAGAUCAACGCCGAGGACGAGGAAGAGGAGGAGGAGGAGGAGGAGGAGGAGGAGGAAGACGAGGGCGAGGAGGACAUGAACACGGACUCGUACGAAGACUCCAUGCCAGGGCCGGAGGGCCCGGAUGGCGACAAGGACAACGGAGAGAGCUUCAAUGCUUCCACAAACCACGCCGACGCUUCCCAACUGGAACCCCGAGAGGCCGACCCCUGAGCCACGACCCCUGUACAGAAACUGAGGAGAAACGCCCCACCCCCCACCUUCACCCCCACCCGCGUACUAUGAACAAACACGAAUUAAAGUGGCCUCAUUUAACACGCGAAAAGGACAUUGCCGACGAUGACAAGACAAAACAAACGAAAAAAAAUAAUUUAAAACACGACGGCCCGAAAUGAUUUAUUAUGAUGUUUACAAGAUGACCAACAUUAUUAAUUUAAUUAUGCAUAACGAAUGAACAGAAGAAGAAAAAAAAACAUAUAGAUGAGGCCCUCUUUUACACACGGCCGGAAAUUUAAAAA